AUGACACUAGUCUUCUGUUUGUAAACAUAUACACGUUGGAAAGAUAUUGCUCAAUAUCCAUCAUGCUGAAGACUACGUUAAUAUAGCUUAUAAGACCUUCAAAAUGCAGUCGAGAGAAGAACUUCUUUUGAAUCAUGAAAAGAAAAGAAAGUUUAAAAGUGAAGAAGAAGAAAGUACAGAAAAAACAAAGAAAGAACGAAAGAGUGUUCGCAAUAUUGCUAAAGUAGACAUGAAGGUAAAACUUGAAAGAAGUCGACAGAGUGCAAAAGAAUGCAGAGCACGAAAGAAAUUACGUUAUCAGUACCUGGAAGAAUUAGUUGCUAAAAGAGAACAAGCAGUAUUCAUGUUAAGGAAAGAGUUGGAAAUGUACAGGGACUGGUGUAAGGCUUUGGAUCAAGGUCAGGUACCACCUGAAGCUUUAAAGAUGCUAACGGAAGAGGUUGAAACUAAAAGCAUUGAGUGUAGAAAGGAUGUUGCAAAAGAAACUUGAACUAGUUACUUAUUUUCCAUACAUCUAGUUAUGUUCAAGUUAGUUAAAACAUACUAUGUGUACUAGAUAUAAUAAAUAAUGAAAAUCAAUUUCGGUACAGCAUACACAUGAAGAAAAAGCAGUUAGCAAAAAAAUUUUGACAUUUAGAAAAAUAUACAUUUCAAAGAAUCAACUCAAAAAUAGGUCAGUUCAAGAAUAAGUGUAAUUAAUUAUUAUAAAACUUCAAAUUAAGAACUUAUCAAGGCUAAAGUUAGAUUACAGAAAUGUAUUAGAAAAUAAAACACAAAACAGAUAGGUGAUAACUUUUUCACAAUUUCUGUAGACAGAACUUAAAGAGUCACUUAAGUGAGUUUGGGAUAGGAAAGCAACUUAACCCGAGUGUUUUGGGUAUAUAUAUAUAUGUGUGUGUCUAACAAGGUAAUAAGUGAAGUGUUCUGCAAUUUUAAUAGUUAUUUUUGUUUUUUAGCUAUUUCAUUACUAUAUUAUAAUGUAUAAUUUUUAUUUUAUCUGUAAUAUCUUGAAAACCUGCUUCCAGUAUUGUCUUUGUUGACUAUUUUUAUUGUUAUAUGUCAAACCAAGCUCUUGUACAUAUAGUUUUUAUGAAAAAAAUAGAAAACCUAUUGUACAAAUAUGCUGAAUAAUUAUCAAAAAGCUUUUAACAUGUACCAGGUUAAGGCAUAUUGAUUUUACACUGAUGAAAUGUUUAAAUACUGUACAUACAUAUAUAUAUAUAUGUGUGUUUUGAUAGUUCUAUAAUGAAUCAUUUCUAGAAGUACCUAAGACUUCAGCUUUGACUGGAAAUUGUUACCAUUAAUAUAUUUUUACAUAGAGGUUUUACAAAAUUUAGGUACACUAAGGAUGAGUUUAAGUGGAAAAGGUACUUAGUGACGUUUUGAAUAAUAAAGUUCACUGUGUUUGUAUAGUUUAUUUAAAUUUUUUUAGGUGAUAAUUUAUUUUUAAAAUUUUUGUAUCUUGGGGAAAAAAAAUUAAACUAAUUACUUUAAUAACUCGACAUGUUUUUUUUUUCCCAACAAUUGUAGUAGUUUUGUUAUAUCGGUCCCAUUUAAACCACCAGAGUAUAAUGAAAAUUAUUCUUCAUUUCGGUAUUCUUUAUUUGUUCUCCUCCAUUUUUAGCAAUCUAUAUCAGGUGUUUGUUGGCCACUUCAAAGAUGGUCUGCAUUCUAAUUAUUACUUAUGUAACCCUUUUUGAUUUUCAUAUUCCUUGCAUUUAAAAUAUCUUGUCCUUACCAUUUAUUAGAUGAAUGUUUGUUUUUAUACAGUUCACUGGGGACAUUUAUAUAGAAUUAUGUUAAAGAGAUAUUCAUUUCUCCUCAAAUCUUCGACCUACUAUUGAUCAGUGUUUUAUUUAAUUUUUCUGCUUCGUUUGUUAAAUGUGGGGGAUACCAUUACUGUUUUUGCUUAAUUUACUUUUACAGCUUCAUAAAUUCCAUUAAUUAAUUUCGAUGAGUUAUUUAACAACCUUUAAGUAUUCAUAUCUUGUAAUUUGAACAGUUACACUUUUUUCUUGUAUAAGAAUUAGGCAAAAACAGCCUAGAACACCCUCAGAAACCAACUUGAAAGAUUUGCAUUUUCUACAAGAGGGCAUUCCAUAGAUAGUCUGUUUUACACCAGAUUUAUACAAAUUUUUGUUUCUGUUUACUCUUAGUAUUAAAAUAUUAUAAAAGUAAAUAUAUGAUGGAGUUUUUUAAUCUUUAUAACCAUUAAGGUAAUAUGCAAAAAUGUUAUACCAUGUGCAUGUAGUUUUUUUUUCUUGUUUCAUUUUUGAGCAUUUCACUUCAGCUUUGGAUUUGUUUUGAUUCAUUUGUAACAGGACUUCAUAGGUAGCAUAACUAAGAGUAUUUCUGUUAAAUAUAUGCAGUUUACUGAAAUCUGGGAAAUUCAUAGUUUUAACUUAGUGGUCUGACCUAUACUGUUCCACAUACAUACUAUUACUUUGUUUUAACAUGGAAUACAACAUGAUACAGUAUAUGAUUUUCAUGCAGCAAGAAAUGUAAUUAAAACUAUACAUUAGAAAUAUAGCAAAUAAGCCAGAUCUGUUCAUGUGUCACUUUUUCUUUCUUUUUCACUUCACAAAGUGCAGUUAAAUGGCAUAUGAUGUAUUACUCUUUACAGUUUCAUUCUGUACUUGUUAUUACAAAUACAAAACUUUACUGUUGUUCAAGCUUUUGCCAGAGGAUAAACCUGCACAAUUUGUAAAAAAUGGUAGCAUAAACUGCGUGAUUUUUUAAAUAUGUAAAUAUAAACUUGUAAUUCAAACCAAUAAAACUAUUUCAGAUUUUAAAGGACAACUUACUCCUAGGAUUGUUUAUUUGUUCAGUAGACUGAUGAAGGAUUCUUAAAAAGAUAAACUAAUAUACUAAUAAUAAUAAACUAAUAAGGUGUUAACUUAUUUAAACCAACAGUAGUUGGAAUUAUGAGAUCUGUAUCGACGUGUUUACAGAAUACGUACAGGAUAUAACAUUAUAAAGCGAGUACUAAUAAUUAUUGAAAGUUUUUGUUGAUUUUCUUCAUUUGAGCAGCUACUUUAUGUACAAUAAUGUUAUAAUUUGAAUUUUUAUGAGAGUUUCUAUGUACUAUUUUACAUUGAUUUACAAUAGUUUGCUGUAGGGUAAAUAAGAUUUUUUAUAAGAGUGGUGGACUUGAAGCUGUAAAUAUAAGAACUGUUAUUUAUGACAUACAAGUACUGUGUAGUUGUAAAAGUUAUGCUUCAUGAUUUUCUGAAAAUCAUAUACCUGUAAAUAAUAAUGAAAGUUAAUACUAAAUUUAUAAAAAUGUUCACCAGUUGUAGGAUUUGGACAAAUAUACAAACACACAAAUGGUUAUGUUCAGUUGAUAACUAGAUAAGAUAUUUUUAGAGCUUAGCUUAUUUAGUAUGGAUUAAGAACUAUGAAAAAUACAAGUAAUCAGGAAACUUGUAAUAAACAGAAUCUUAAAUACUUGUUACAUGUGUAGAAGUGGAUUUUAUAAAACUCAGUCCAUGUGAUAUAAGGGACAACUACAAAAAUAAUAGUUGAUAUAUAUAUAUUCUUAUUUAGAGAGUCUUUUAUUUAAAGCAGCCAUUUACUUUCUAUCUUUAAAUCAUACAGGGUUAAACCCUAGCCUUCAUCAUAUGUCUGAUAAUUCUUAAUUUUUAAUAUCUGUUCUUUUUGUGCUCUUUUGUGCAAUAAAUUAUCAAUACAGAAAAUUAUUUGCAGUUAAGCAAAAUAAGAGCUACAUUUUGAUAAAAAAUUUCAAAUACAGUAUAUAUGUGAGUGGAUUUAUAUUUGUUUUUAAAUGUCUGAAGUAUUUCUGAAACUAUGUUUUUAAGAUUUUCUCAUGUAACAAUAAAUUUGUGUAUUUUAUUUUGUGUAUGGUUAGAGCUGAUAAUGUAUAGCAAUAUUUAAUCAGUAAUUUGAAGUAAAUAUACGUCAGCAUAAUGAAGACUAUGAAAAAUUAACAAAUUUUGAUUUUUGUGGUUUACCUAAACAUUAAUACCACUGUUAAUGAUAUAAAAGUGUAUUGCUGUUAUUUGUGUACGUGUGUUUACUUAAACAGUUGUUUCUGGACAACUGAUUCUUAGCACUAUAAAUGUAAUAGUAAUUAUAAUAAACCAGACAUCAAAGUAA